AUGCAAAUUGGCGGCGUGCAAGCGGCCUUCCGCUAUUCUACGGCGCAUGUCCACCUCAGACGUGCUUGCGAAGUGCGGAAAAACCACGCCGAGUGGCACACUGGGUCUGACACUGACGGGGACUUCUUCCAGCUCGAGCGAUAUGGUUCCUCUCUCGUCGAUGAGUCCGCUUGUAGCGCGUCGCAAUUUAGCGUUCCGCCCCAGAUAUAUGCGAACCGUCUCACAGAGGUCGUCUGCGUAAAUGCGAUCAAGAAGCACAUUCUCCCUUGCGAGGAUUCCUUCAUUAUAACCAAGGCGAGUCUAUCGAUGAUCAUGCCCAUGUUCAUCGUGGACCCUGAAUGUGGCACGAACACGAGCUUCGACCCCGCGGCCACGGAGAGCGUCAUCAACCAGAAGGGGCCGAACCGCAAGCAUAUCUUCGACUUCGUGAAAGCGAGUUCGACACACCUGCAGCUCGAGUACAUCGACGUUCUCCAGUACCAUCGCUUCAACUAUACCACGCCGAUUGCGGAGGCGAUACGUGCCGAUGAUGCAAGCUCGGCACGACGUCGUGAAGGCGGGAUACCUCCGCUACAUCGGCAUAAGCUCCUGCUAAGCCUACCAAUAGUACGCCGCUCGAAAUCCCCGUGCUGUCGCAAGGAACACUCUAGCCCUAACAUUUCCGUGGACUACGCGAUCGCGCACAACCUGACGCCACUCGUCUCGAUACAGAACGACCACUCACCCAUGUACCGCAAGGAGGAGCGCGAGAUGUUCCCGACGCUGACGAUACAUGGGGUCGGCUCUAUCCCAUGGUCGCCCCUCGCGCGCGGGCUCCUCAGCCGGCCGAACGCUGCGUCGUCCAAGCGCGGUGACGCCGAUCCCGGUGUCAUUCUGUCGACGCAGAGCUUGGCGCAAGACCUUUGUCACACAUCUCCACGUGCGCACAUACGCAAGUCCGAGCAAGUCGAUAUCGCGAUCCCUGGCACUACGGGCAUCCACGAGUUGUUUAAGCACGCCAUAACACUUUGCGCGAGAGAUACUCCUCCCUCGGUCUACGACAUGUUCGGCAUCGUCGUCGUCGUAGUGAAGACCAAGUACGACAUCUUUUCUAACACUCCAGGAUUCGCAUUUCCGGCCGCCGAGGAUCUCGCCGGACAUUCCGUCCUAGCACUAUACCACAAAUCGGCGAAGAUCCUUUGCAAUGCAAAGUCGACACUGUUGUGCGUCAUGGCCGCACCAGAACUCGAGCUCGCGCGUUCGCAGGCACAAAAGAUUCCGAAAUUGACUGCAUUUCGAUCGUGGACAGCGUACCGGUCGUUCAAAUCCGCCGAUCACGACCCCAAGUACGCGCUGCUCACGCACGCCGCACGUUACACCGGGAUUCCGUUCUCUCGCCUGGCGGAAGCUCACGGACGUGUCGCCGCUCGCAGUGCGCAUACCCGUGUGGGCGACGGUUUCAUAAGCGGCGCACUCCUCAGUUAA